AAAGCAUCAGAUGGUACUCACAAUCAUUUUCAAGUAUUGCCAAUCACACCUUGAUUUUGAACUGCACCAGUUCCCAAUCUGUUUCAAAGCGUCUUUACUGACCUGAUGACCAUUAACUCUUAUGAUUAGCUCUUAUUCACUUUGUAACUAAUGCCCAUUUGCCAACGAGUUUCCUCAACUAAUGGUAGUCAACCUAAGCAAACUUAGAGUUUGAACCCUUCAUUUCAUUUUUGUCGUACCAAAAAAAGAAGUCGAAAACAAGCGUCCUUCCCCCCCAAAAAAAAAAUGGUUCGAUAGCGUUUGAACCUAAACACCAAAACGUUCAAUUGAUCCCGAUGACCAGCCUCGGGGCCAAAAACAUUACCCUGGACAAGUAUGUGCCCCAGAAUUCAGGCUUCCACAUUCCAGUAUUCCACCCAGCUACCAAAAUUUCAGGCGCUGGAGCCGAGCCGAGCUCCUUUGUUGCUGGCCCCCCGUGGAAAGGAACGGAACACCCACUGGUCCCGAGUUCUAUCCUCACUCGUUGUAUAAUCCACGGGGGGAGAGGGAGAAAGGGAGAGAGAGGGCGGAUGGCGGUGUUGACGAGCACGGAGAGUUUGGAGGCGGAGGUGGAGGAAUUCCGGGAGACGCUGCUGAGGAGCAGCGGAAGCUUGGAGUUUGGGGCGUGGAAGACGGGAACGGGUGCCGUCCGGAGGUGGACGGACGGCGAGGAGAGGGAGGGACACGGGAGAAUGGUGUGCGUCACCAGCGCCGUCUCCUUCCUCGGCUUCGCCAUCGUCAAUCGCCUCCUCGCCCUCGGCUACAUCGUCCGCCUCGCUCUCGAAUCCCAAGGUCAGUCCUAAACAACAAAAAUAUCCGCCUAUUUUUUCUGAGCAGGGAAUUAGGAAGCAGAAGGAACCAGGCGGAGCUUAGGGAUGCCUUGGCAGGCCUUCAAGAUGCACGAAGAUCUGGACAAGCUGAGGGACAUGGAGAUGUUUGGCGAGAUGGGACGGGACGGAGUAUGGGCGGUGAUGGCCAACGUGAUGGACGUUGAUAGCUUAUGCCAUGCGUUUGAUGGUUGCGCCGCCGUGUUCCACACCUCCGCUUUCAUGGAUCCUGGGGGCGUAUCAGGCUACUCGAAGCCCAUGGCACAUAUGGAAGCAAGAGUGGCAGAGCGAGUGAUUGAAUCCUGUGUGCGUACUCAAUCUGUCAGAAAGUGCGUAUUUACUUCCUCUCUUCUAGCUUGUGUUUGGCGGCAGAACUCCCCUCGCAAUCGCCAUAUCCCCACCAUUGUUGAUGAAAACUGCUGGAGCGAUGAAAGUCUCUGCCGGGAUAAGAAGCUAUGGUUUGCACUGGGCAAGACAAUGGCAGAGAAAGCAGCUUGGCGAGCGGCUCGUGGAAGGGACUUGAAGCUUGUCGCUGUUUGCCCAGCUCUUGUCACCGGACCACGAUUUUGCCGCCGGAACUCCACAGGAUCCAUCGCAUACCUCAAGGGAGCUCAUGAGAUGUUUGCAGAGGGAUUGCUUGCAACAGUCGAUGUGCAGAAAGUAGCUGAGGCUCAUGUAUGUGUCUACGAGGCAAUGAGUAACACUGCUUGUGGGCGGUAUAUCUGCUAUGAUCGUAUUAUCCAAAGAGCUGAGGAGGCUGCUGAAUUGGAGCGGCAACUCGGAAUUGCAAACAGGAUCUCCGGGGAGACCCCCACCGACCACCCAACCUGGUUCAAGCUCUGUAAUAGGAAAAUUUCCAGGCUAAUGUCAUCAAGGAGGAGUUGCACAUACGACGUCUACUCGGUACUGUACAACUAGAAGCUCAGGUAUUCAAGUACAUGACCAAACACUUGGGAGGGUUCAGAUGGCAUUGCCGCAACAGACUCGGUGCUCACUGUGAUGGAAGAACACAAAGCUGUGAUUGUUGGCAUUCAGGAGCUUCUAAGUGAGAGAAAAUGAGAACUUGAUCACAAUGUUACGGAUUCAGUUGGAACAGAGGAUUAUUGGAGAGGAGUGGAGGAAAACCUUUGUACAAAGUUUUUGUGUAAUUAAACUGAGUUGGCAACACGAAGUGGGAAUGGAAGAAGGCUUUUGAGGCA